CUUCAAGGUCAGGAAUAAACGUCCGCAGUUCAAAUGGCAACCGAUGCUGUAUUGAGUGACUUUUUAGUACGAGAGCGAAGGAAUUUACGUGGAUUGGAAGAGGAAUUAAACUUUUCAACAAGAGGAGAAAAUGAAAUUCCUGAACGCAGCGAAGAACCAGAAUGCAUUAAAAGAUGGGCUGUGGCUUUCCAUCAACGUAUAGAAGUCAAGGAUGAUGCUGAACGUCGAAACAUGUCCCAGCUAGAAGAACAAGGACUCAAAGAUUUGCAUGAGUGGGCACUUCAAUACCGUGAUUCUCUUUCGCGAGGAAGAAAACUCAGUCGUGCCCAUGACAAAGAACUUCGAGAUGCUCAAGAAAAAGCCGUACAGGCAUCCGCUAUGAUAUCAGGAGCAGAUGCAGGCCAGGCUGUAUUGUGGGAUAGAGUUUGUCAACUGUGUAACUUCGUCACUUCUACCAAUGAGGAUGCUGCAAGUGCUCACACCACUUCGAUUAAUUCAAAAGAUAAUCAGCGAGACAUGAACAGAAUGCGUGUCCUCCUUCUACAGUUAAAAAAGAACCCGCCAUCAGUGCAGUCUAACACUCGAUAUCACUGAUCCGUGACCUACGCUUUAGUGAAGUGCAAUAUACUCCAAAUUAGUUUAUGCAUUUACUUCUAUUAUGACCACUCAUCUAUGCAUUCCAUUUAUUUAUUAUCAGCUGUUGAUUAUGAAGAACAAUACUUUUGUUUUGCAUUGCACUCUAAUUAAUAUAAAUUCUUCUCCAAUCAACUCAGUUAUACUAUUAAAUUUCAGGAAAAUAAUUUCACUGCCUAGUUAUAAAUGUGAUGUUACAAGCGACUUUGCAGAUAGUGCGUUGGUUUUUUAAAUCUAUCAUAAAGCCAAUCUAGUCACUUCCCGUUACCGUUAUUUAAAAAAGAAAGAAUUCGAAGUUAUUCAUAUAAAGCCCGUUUAAAAUCAUAAUAA